AUAUCUAUAAUAGCCUCACGUCUUGUCAUCUCUGGUUAUCUCAUCUCUCUGUCUUUCUUCUCUUGCUGUCAGUGCCACUCAUGGCAAGCCAAUCAGAUCAUGCAGCACAUUUCUCGCAGUGCUUCCUUUCACCAAGAACCCAACAAGACAUUGAAAGAGAUGAACAAAUCUACAACUCCUAUGAAGAGCUCACCUCUCAACUCCCCAUCAACCAUGAUUGGCCUCUAUUUAGCCUCCAACACUACCAAUCCUUUUGGAUCCCGGCUAGGUUUGUUCCUGCAUGCAUGGCCAUCCAAUCACACUUCAACCCUCGUCCCUCUGACAUCCUUCUUGUUACCAACCCUAAAUCAGGCACUACAUGGUUAAAAGCUCUCUCCUUCGCCACCUUACACCGUCGUUCUUUCUCACUCUCCGACCACCCUCUUCUCACCAACACUCCCCAUCAAUGUCUCCCUUACCUUGAACAUCUCUUCUCUCACCGCACCUUCCCUAAUCUGAACGUCUUACCAUCUCCCACUAUCUUUGCUACUCAUUUACCUUUAUCUUUACUACCUCAGAGUGCUCUCAGAUGCCGAAUUGUUUAUCUCUGCCGUGAUCCCAAGGACACAUUUGUAUCAAUGUACCACUUCGUUGACAGGUCCAUGGGUAGCUUUGCUGAACACACGAGUACUACUCAAGGAUUGGAUCUCAGUAAGACAUUCCAGAUGUUCUCCCAAGGAACAUCUGCUUUUGGCCCUUUCUGGGACCACAUGCUGGGAUACUGGAAGGAAAGCUUGAGAUCACCUGAGAUGGUGCUCUUCUUUAGGUAUGAGGAGAUGAUGGAGGAUCCAGUUAGCCGUUUAAGUAGACUGGCUCAGUUCAUGGGAUGUCCUUUUUCCAUGGAGGAAGAAAGAGAUGGAGUAGUAGAGGACAUUGUGAAGCUUUGCAGCUUUGACAACUUAAGGGAGUUUGAGGUAAACAAGGAUAAUAAGGGAAGUUUUGAGGGGAAACUACCAGCAUCUUCUUUUUUCAGGAAGGGAAAAGUGGGGGAUUGGGUUAAUUAUUUGAGCAUGGAGAUGGCUGAGAAGUUGGAUGCUAUUACUAAGGAGAAGCUGCACGGAUCUGGUCUUACUUUUGAGUCUAGCAGUGUGGUUCCAUAAAAAACAUCAUCUCAAGACUAGGGUUUUACGUCAUUCAUCAUAUGUGUGUUUGCUUUCUUAUGUGAUGAAAUUGAAUGGAUCUCUAGAAACUCUUCGUUGAGCUUGAAUAAUAAUGGCAGUAAAUCCCCAAUCAAAUCUAAAUGCAGGGGUUUCGCUGUUUGUUAUGUUUACAUAUAAUAUUUACUCAUAUAUGGUCUGUAACCUCUCGUCAGUGAUUGAUUAUGUAAUUCUAUUUUGGUGUCA